GAUCUCGAUAAAAAAUUUCCAGCAAAGACGAGGAGCUGUUUACACUUUUCGGGAGUAUUACCUAAUCAUUCGCACCCCGUCCUAUGGAAAUUAAUAUUACACCUUGUUUACAAGCUCGGUCAAAGUAAUUACAGUGUUAAUGUUUGAUUUUAGUGGUGUUGGUAAUAUUCUAAAGUGGUCCAUAGAGUGUUUAUGUGUUUUUAGUUUUUUUUGUGUAACACACAGCAGCUUUUAUGAAUUUGUUUUGUAACUUGAGAAGAUUCCCGUAGAAUUUGGGAAAAGGAGUACGCCAUGACAUCGAUAUGGAGGACGUGCACCUGAAACUUUGACGUCCUGAAUAAUGGGAAUCCCCCGCCUGUAUGGGAGCGGUCAGAACGGUUCUAACGGAGAGCAUAACCACAACUAUCACCCUAAUCGGCCAAUCACGAUGAAAUAAUGGGAAGGCAAAACGGCACUACUUGUCCCGUUGACUCGCCCGGCAAUUUCAGCACGAUCUUCGGCCAGACCGCUGUCCCGGAAUGGGAGGCAGCGCUAACUAUCGGGACCCUCUCGUUUUUCAUCCUCCUCACCAUAAUCGGAAACAUUUUGGUGAUCCUGAGCGUGUUCACAUACAAACCCCUCAGGAUCGUGCAGAAUUUCUUCAUAGUCUCCCUGGCUGUGGCGGAUCUAACCGUCGCCAUCCUCGUUCUUCCCCUCAACGUCAUUUACUCCGUUCUUGGAAAAUGGAUCUUCGGAAUCCACAUCUGCAAAAUGUGGCUAACCUCAGACGUCAUGUGCUGCACCGCCUCCAUCUUGAACCUGUGCGCCAUCGCCUUGGACAGAUUCUGGGCGAUAACGGACCCCAUCAACUACGCGCAGAAGAGGACAGUGAAGCGGGUCCUCUUAAUGAUAGCAGGGGUCUGGAUUCUGUCACUGCUCAUCAGUUCCCCACCGCUCAUCGGCUGGAACGAUUGGCCGGAACCAGACGUCUUCCUGCAAAGACAAGUAUGUAAGCUCACAGAACGUCAAGGUUACGUCAUAUACUCCUCGUUGGGGUCGUUUUUCAUCCCUCUCUUCAUAAUGACGAUAGUCUACGUCGAAAUAUUCAUAGCCACCAAGAGGAGAUUGAGGGAGAGGGCACAAGCCUCCAAGAUAAAUAUAUCCAAGAACCAAUGCGCUUACGCGAACAACAAGGAUAACCAGCAGGAUAGGGAGAGUGUAAGCAGCGAGACUAACCACAACGAACAGCUGGAAGUCAACGGAAAAACAACCAAAGACAAGAAGACCAAGAAGAAGAAAGCCAAAGACAGCGACACUAAUACUCUCAAGCCCAUACUGACUCACGAAGACUCUCUGACUGACAACGCGGAAAACUCUUCCUUGUCCCAAAGAAGGAACUCGAACCCUUGCACCUCUGACAACAACAAGGGUACCCUCAGUUCCACCACCACCAUAACUAUCUCAAACUCGAAGCCUAGUCCGAAGGUAGUGCUGAGUGAGCCGAAAAGGCCAGGAUUCGUGUAUCAGUUCAUAGAAGAAAAACAAAGGAUCUCUCUGUCUAAAGAAAGGAGGGCUGCCAGGACCUUGGGCAUCAUCAUGGGUGUGUUCGUGGUGUGCUGGUUGCCGUUCUUCUUAAUGUAUGUGAUUAAACCCUUCUGCCCUAUAUGUUGCCCAUCCAGUAGACUCAUCAACUUCAUAACUUGGUUAGGUUACAUCAAUUCCGUACUGAACCCGAUCAUUUAUACAAUUUUUAAUAUGGACUUUAGGCGGGCCUUCCGAAAACUUUUAGGCUUGGCACAAACUUAAAAAAAUUUGUGGUUCUAAACUUACGUGGUACUGGUGAUUUGUGAAUAACUAAACUGAUCUCGUAAGGAUUUCGGGUAGUAAGUAUAUUCAAAAUUUUUAGGGAAUUGUGAUCUACACGUACUUAGAAAGUUUUAAGGGUUAAUAAAAUACUAUCAUCCGUCGGCAAAUAAUUUGAAGAGAUUCCCGUAUUUUUUAUCAAGACUGAUUUCAUAGGAAAUAUGUUGAUAGUUUAUACUAAGUGUAGGAGUUGAUGUAAAAAUAUUGUAAAGAGAUUAUUCAAGUAUUUUUGCUUAGUUCCAAAGUAAGUAUGCAAUACUACAGUAAAAAUACAUUUUCUUUACUCGUACACCCAUGAGAAAUAUUAGACCGACCGAAAUAACUGAUUUAGAGGGGAAAAAAAAGAAAAUUGUUACCUGGACUUUUAUAAGUGGAAGUGGUAAAGGGGCUUAUAAUAAACGAAAAAAAAAUAAAUAAAUGAGUGAGCAGGGGAGGCGGAGGGUUGAUUGAAAUUGUAUAUUUGGGAUUUCUGGCGAAAGUUGACGUCAUACAAAAAAG